CCUAAAAGUCCGCGGUCACACUAACACCUGGAUUGUAAAUAAUUUUAUUUUUUUGUUUUAAAUUGCUCGAAAUAAUGCCAUGUCGUCCUCCAUCAAGCGUGGUAAACCAGCUACCGAUACCUCCAUGCACGUGGACGACAAUAAUGUCCAGGAGUCCGUGCUAUAUUGCAACAUUUGUAGGAAUUUAUACGAGAACGAAGAGGCAUACGAGGAGGACCAUCACAGUGGCACCUGCCUCAGCGGCAGGGAAUCCAUAGACGAGAUGGAUUUGGUCGAGCAGGAGGAAAUAGUGGAAGCAGAUGUGCCGCUCUGGGACGUGAUAGAUGACGAUGACGAUGCAGCACCACAGCAAGCCGAUACAGAGUCGGAACGUUACUUUUGCUUUGAUUGCCACAUCAUAUACGACAGCCACAGCAGUGCCGAAAACCAUGUGUGCCCACCAGAAGGGGCUGGCAAUGGAGCCAGCCAAAGGUCGGCCAUGCCCAAGCAACCCGUCCGGCGCAAAGCUCUUGGCGCCGGAGCAACGGCAGACAUUAACGGAGAUAGCCCCAAAUUUAUUUGUAAAAUUUGCAAUACCAUUUUCACCUCGGAAAAGAGUCUCAAGUUCCACAAGCGCAUACACGACGAGCGCAAGCCCAAGCGCAUUAAGGAUGCCCUUCCUGUGGGCGCCCAUCAGGAAUAUAGCGAACUGGAUCUGUUCUACUGCGAGAUCUGUCAAAGAGAGUUCGACUACGGCCUCAAGACGAUUCACCAGAAGAUGCACGUGGAGGCCCCAAACAAGUUUGUGUGCGGCACUUGCAAUCGCCAGUUCGAAAACCCCACCAACUACCGGAUGCAUUUGAAGAUGCAUGAGAAGAAACAAGCGGAGCCUACUGCUUCAAUGUCGAAAAAGGGGCCCGUCGACAAGAGUAAAGCACAAUUUCCAUGCCAGUACUGCGAUAAGGUAUUCUACCGGCCAUUCGAGAAGGUCAAACACGAACGUGUGCACACAGGAGAGAAGCCCUACGCCUGCGAGGCUUGCGGCAAAACAUUUCGCGUCUCAUACUCUCUCACCCUGCAUCUGCGCUCCCACACAGACAUUCGCCCCUACGUGUGCACUGUCUGCAAUAAGCGCUUUAAAUUGCAGUCAAAUUACGCUCAUCACCUCCUCAUCCAUGGCGCGGAGCGUCAGUUUUCCUGUGAUAUAUGCUCCAAGUCCUUCCGCACAUCUGUGCAGUUGAACGGCCAUAAGAAUUCGCACACCAAGCCAUUCGAGUGUGAGAUUUGCAAUCGUCCCUUCUCCACGAUGUAUGGCGUCAACAAUCACAUGAAGACACACAAGCGCGAUAAAGGCAGCAAAAGUACAACCGUGAUUGUUUCGGCUGAAAACGAAGACGACUCGGUCAAGAUUCUUGCUGGUGGCAAGUGCUCCUGCAGUGAAUGCGGGGCAGAGUACUCGCGCAUGUAUGCGCUGCGGCAGCACUUUAAAUCGGCUCACGGCAAGGUAUUGGGUGCUAAAGCAAACAAGAAUGAGCAAUCCACCGUUAAGGAGUCCAAUGUGGCCGAGUCGGACGACUCUGAGGCAGCCAUACGCAAAGCAGCAGCAGAGGCCGAUGCUGCAUACAUGAAUGCGGUGGUGAACGAUGUGGACGUCAGUGGUAGCGUGCCCACCUACCAGGAGGCUGUUGAGUUCGAUGUGGACAACUUCAACGGCGAGGAAAUAAUCAGUGAUUGGCUGAAAUAGGAGCAUUUAGGUGGCUUAAAAACUAAAAACUGUAUAUGUAUUUUCCUAUUGAAUAAACAUUGAAAUAUUCGUUUAUUUGGCAAUUGUUACAGUCAACCGCACGGGUUCAGAUUAGCAGAUAACUUUUAUUGGGAACAUCAUAACUGGCGAUUAACAGGUAAAAAUAUUGCUGGCAUUCACUGAGACCAGUCCGUUGGGUUUGGGUACAUACAGGGAUAAAUUAUAAAAUGAAGGAAUUGUGUAACUACAACUAAUGGUAUAAUUUUAAAUAAACAAAACACGUGAGCAUG